GCUGUGCAGGAAACAGCAAGAAUGUUGACGAUAGGAGUGCAGAACAGGUUGGUCCACAGCGGACAGACGCAAUACAUCAUUAUAAACCUUCGUUUCCAAGCGCACGCAUUCACAAAAGAAACUCGCGGUUGGCAGAAGGCGGCGACAUGAAGCUGAGAUCUUUGCUGCUGUUCCCAUUGUUGUUGCUGCUGCUGGCGUUUCAGUGCAAUGGCCGUACAGUGUCCAGAUGUGAGCUGCGAGACAAGCUAAGGGAGAAAAUCACACUGUCAGAACGCACACAAAACCUCACAGACAUCGCCUUGACCUUGAUUGUGUGCCAGCUGGAAAAGAUCUCCCAGCUGAAGACUAGCACGGUCAACAUCUUAGGCCAACGUGACACCACCACCACUCCUCCUACCACCACUACCACCACCACCACGAUCCCCACUACCAACACCACCUCCACAGCACCCACCAACCAAACCAACUUAAGCAACCAAACACUCAACUCUGAUCCCACUGUGCCACCUGCCUUAACCAACACCACCACAACCAACACCACCACUCCCUCCACGACACCGGCCAAUCAAACCAACGUAAGCAACCAAACACUCAACUCUGAUCCCGCCCUACCACCAGGCUUAACCAAUGCGACCUCAGACCUCAACCAAACCCUCAGUGGGGUCAAUAACACAAGCAGCGACGGCGGCCAAGACCAGGACCAGGAAGAAGAACCUUUAGGUGAGGAUGACGAAGAGGAAGAAGAACCGUUAGCUGAGGAUGAAGAACCGUUCAGCGAGGUGAUUGGAGAUACUUACGAUGAAGAGGGCGAAUACCUUUAUGUGGACCAGGAAAGCACUGUCGACUUCCACAUGGAGGACUGGAGGAGGCUGAUGGAGCUUCUGAACGAGGAAGAGAACGAGUUUGAUGAAGAACAGCUGAUGAUAGCUGACGACAAGCUUAGCGGCGACAAUGACGGCUUUGGCAGCGGCAGCGAGAUGUUUCAGAUGAAUUGGUCGCUAGGAUACCAUGGCAUCUUCCAGCUCACGGACAGCUACUUCUGCCAGUCGUCUGCCCGAUGGAGCCAGAAUGUCUGCAACAGCACCUGCGGCGCGUUCAGCGAUGAUGACAUCACAGACGACUUGGAUUGCUUCGUUGACAGUCUUUACUGGCUGUACGUGCUGAGGACGGUGGGAUAUCAGUGCUACGAAACCACCGACUUCUUUGGACAGUGCAACUGAGUUGUCAUGUACUACUCUGUUGCCUUCCGUGGUAAUUACAAUGUACACCCAAUACAACCGUUUCCUUUCCAAAGAUAAUAUUUUUUUAUUUUGAGUGACACUGUCGGAGAGGCAUUCAACUAAAGUCAAUUAACAUUCCAAUUAUUGCUGGGAAUUUCUCAGUGACAGCAUAAUUCAAGAGUGAGCGAUAUUAUCUUUAUAAAAGCACAACAUGUGGUGGUAGUGGUGUGUGUGUAUUUUGAGCCACUUUUGAUUGGAUGACGCGUGUGACAUCAUUAAUGACAGUGUCAUGACAAAGCAACUCUUGUAAACUUGUUUAAUUCAUCAGAAUGAAUCAAUAAAGGCAGACAGGUUCUCAACAUCA